GUUUCAGAACCUGCUGUGGUCCAGAAAGACAUUUGUGGACAACAUGAAAAUUUAUAACCACAGCUACAUCUAUAUGCCUGCUUUUUCUAUGAAGACAGGAACAGAGCCAUCCCUCCGGGUUUAUUAUACACUGUCAGAUGUUGGUGCCAAUCAAACAGUGCUCUUUGCUAAUCCCAACUUUCUGCGUAGCAUUGGAAAGUUCUGGAAAAGUAGAGGAAUUCAUGCCAAACGCCUGUCCACAGGACUCUUUCUGGUGAGCGCAGCCCUGGGCCUCUGUGAGGACGUGGCCAUCUAUGGCUUCUGGCCCUUCUCUGUGAAUAUGCAUGAGCAGCCCAUCAGCCACCACUACUAUGAUAAUGUCUUGCCCUUUUCUGGCUUUCAUGCCAUGCCGGAGGAAUUUCUCCAACUCUGGUACCUUCAUAAAAUCGGCGCACUGAGAAUGCAGCUGAGCCCAUGUGAGGAUACCUCACUCCAGCCCACUUCCUAGGGACAGUGGAGAAAGGAAGAACUAAGCCAGGGUAUUUUUGCUAGGUUUUCUACAGGACUGCAAAAGGAAGUGGUGCAGUUAUUUCAUGGAUUUGCCUGGGCCACUUGCAAACAGCAACCGCAAUCCAAAGGAAACUCUAUUUUUAAUGUUGGCUUGGAGUACAAAUAGGAAGAUGUUUUAUGAAGUAUUUGAUAGCACAUUGUGGAUUUGCAACAUUCUGAUGAAAUGAUUGUUGGUCAAGCACAUUUACAUGGUUCAAAUCGAGAAGGUACAGUUCACAAGUAAGGCGGAACUCUAAUUGUUGAAGUUGAAGAGUUCAUCAAGGUUAAUAAAGGAAAUGCCAGGGCAGAGUGUUACUGAUUAUCAAUAUAAGCUGGCUUAAUUUAAAAAAAAAUUACUUACGAAGACUGAAAUUCAAACCAUAGAUUUUUUAAAAGUUAUUAUUUAUUUUUAUCCUAUUUAGGGGAAGUGAAUAGGUAAUGGGGUAGAUUUUUUAAAAAUCCCUUACUGAGUAUUAAGGACACAAAACAAUACAGCUGAUAUUGUGAUUUGUUGAACCAAGUGUAUGUUAACUGUAGUCCCCCUCCAUUUAAAAAAUGUUAAAUAAGAAUUACUUCCUGCUCCUUUGUCAAGUCUGUUUAGACAAUGUGAAACAUUGUUGAAUUUAGACUGUGUUGGUUCGCAGUCUGAAUAACAUGAACCAUUUUUCCUCCUCCUCAGAAUGUAGGGCAUACAUUCAAUUUUAGGUCUGCAUUUUAUAAGCCUGUUUGCAUUAUUGUUAUUUUAGUGCACAAAGAGUACAAAUGUGAAUGCGUUAUUUAUUUGCAAAUUAUUUGCAUAAUUGUCUUUAUAAUUUAAUGUUCAGAGAUGAAGUAAAGCACAAUGUGGUAAACUUAGUCUCUGGAAGACAGAUUGGAAGGCUCCUCCCUUUUCUAUCUAUCAUGGUAUAUUCACUCU